AUGGGCCAAGGUUCAAAGCGUCGCCAACGAAAACAGUCCCAUCGCGAAAUAAACCAACACCGCAGUCCAAACAAUCAAGACAAAUCCAUGCAGAGAAAGCCGGUGGUGAAAAUGCAGAAUCAAAUUCCAACCCGCCAGCUCCAGAACCCCGUUCCAGACAUCCCCACCAGAUCGUCCCAGCCCAGCCAGGGAAAAUCUCUGAAACCGCAGAGCGCAGAUGUGCAAUCAGGCGGGAACACGAGAGAGAGAGAGAGAAAAAAAUAA